AUGACCAAGGAGGCAUACAAUCCUCCCCCUGGACCUCCACCGGGUUGGGCCAAGAGGCAAGAAGCUUCAUCUGGAUCUUAUGCACCACCUCCAGGCCCGCCACCGGGCUAUCAGAGACGCGACGAGAGGGCCAGUACGAAUGAACAAUUUGCCCCUCCCCCAGGACCACCCCCGUCACACAGUCAUGACGACCAGUCCGCUCCACCGGACUAUGCUCCAUGGUUGUCUGUGCCAGACACGAGUCUUCUGCCACCUGCUCCUGCUAUGACCUAUGAUACCUCUCCAACUGCGAACGCCACCCAGUACUCGGCUGAACAGGCUAAAGACUGGUGUAAUCGUAAUCAUCUUUACCCUCCUGGCCAAGUUCCUCGCGCAGUCCAUGAGGACUUCCACCGCCACGGCUUCACAUUCAGCCAACCUCCGCCAAACUUCUCUGGCGAGUUGACACGAGCCAUGCGCGAACGGAACACUUGGUCUGUCCGCACACGUAAGAAUUGCGAGGACUGCAUCCUGACUACUUCUGCUCCUCUAUACUCUGCGGCUUUGAACGAUCCCUUGAGGACCCAGGGAAGACCUUUCACAAUCUAUUUUGAAAUCCGUGUGACUCGUAUGAGUUCCGAUUCAGGCGAUGAAGGAGAUGCUGGAGUCGCGAUUGGAUUCGUGGCUCCCCCAUACCCUGCCUUCCGACUCCCUGGAUGGGAAAGAGCCAGUCUUGGAGUGCAUGGUGAUGACGGCCGUCGCUACAUCGACGACGACGGUGGUGGUCAAGACUUCACUACUUACUUCAAGAACGGCGAGACAGUCGGUAUUGGUAUGAUCAUCAAACCGGCACAAUUCCCCGGCCGUAGAAGGGAUGUCGAGGUCUUCUUCACUAGAGAGGGACAGAAAGAAGGAGGAUGGAGCAUGUAUGAGGAACGUGAUGGAGAUGACUGUGGCAGUAUCGUUGGUCUGGAGGGGGAUCACGAUUUGAUGGCUGCAGUAGGCAUGUUCGGUCAGGUCGACUUUGAGGUGAGGUUCCGUAGAGAAGAGUGGCUAUAUCGCCCUUAA